AUUCAUGGGAAACAAAAAUGGCGGCAUGCAUGAGAAUUGGCCAUGCUGUGAUUAGAUUCGGACAAAGUUCAUUCUUAGAGACUGGAUAUAGUAGUCCUGUAGUUAAUGCUAAGCGAUAUGUGCGAGGAUUAAGAAGAAAUCCUGUAAAAGUGAUCUAUCCAGAUGGAAAAGAAGAAACACUGGCUAAAUCUAAUCAAACGCCUGGUCAUCCAAGAGCUGCGUUAAAUGCGAAGAAAACCAAAAAAGAUGCUAUUGAAAACGGCUCAAAACUGGGGCUUCAUGCCAGAACAACGGCCCUGUCCAAGGCCACGGAACCUAAAAUAAGUGAUGAAUCCCGACCUUCGAACAAGGUCGAGCUAAUAGAUGGAUUGCGGUUCGAGAAAGCCCUGCCCGAUGAUAAACGGUUAUCGAAACUGGUCACUGUUGCACGCUCCAAAGCGUACCGGGAGAAUCAAGGCAAGAUUCUGCUCGAGGGGAAACGUCUAAUAUGUGAUGCUCUGGAAGCCGGAGCCAGGCCCCAGACCUUAUUCUUCAGCUCUUUCCAGCGCCUCCGCGAGCUGCCUUUGGACAAACUGAAGCGAACAAACGUUAUUAAAGUCAAGUUUGAAGAUGUGAAGAAAUGGUCUGAGCUCAUCGCCCCACAAGGAGUCAUAGCUAUAUUUUCAAGACCAGAUGUGGGCGAGCUUGCGUUUCCCAAGGAACACAGAGAUCAGGCAGUGCCACUGUCUUUGAUUUGCGACAACAUCCGUGAUCCUGGCAACCUGGGCACCAUUCUGCGGUGUGCUGCUGCAGCUGGCUGUCACAAUGUGCUACUUUCCAAAGGCUGUGUGGAUGUUUGGGAGCCUAAAGUGCUACGAGCCGCAAUGGGGGCACACUUCCGCCUCCCCAUCUUCCCCGGUUUAACGUGGGAGGAACUCUCCGAUCACCUCCCACGGGAUGUCACUGUGCACGUGGCCGAUAACCACAGCAGCCCCAUCAGAGACGUAGACGCUCCGUCCAGCCUCACGAAGCCAAGCGACUAUGGCUGGGUGAGCAGUAGGAGGGAGAAGAAGCAGCAGCACUCCAGCCAGGACUUCAGUGAUUCAGACUCUGAGAGCGACACGGACUCUGACCAUGAGGUGGAUGAAGUGCCCAGAGUGGAGCCCAAGCUGUACCAUGACUCCUGGGCCCAAAGAAGAACGGCACUUGUGAUUGGUGGAGAGACUCGCGGACUGAGCCUGGAAUCGCUGCGAUUGGCCCAGCAAACGGAUGGGCGGCGGCUCUUCGUGCCCUUGGCUCACGGUGUGGACAGUUUGAACUCUGCCAUGGCAGCCAGUAUUUUGCUGUUUGAAGGCAGGAGACAACUUUUAAAGUUACUCCAGAGGUCUGGGAAGAGAGUCAGAAACUGAACAUGGCCAGCUUGCACUUACCACUUUUCAAAAAAAGACUUCACCUGGCUUGCUUUCCACAAGGAACACUAAAUAAGAUGGGAGCGGUAUCUCUGCUCUAAUGUAAUGGAAAUAUACAUGACAUGUAUAACAUUCUAUACAUGCACGAUGAUGCAAUGCCAUCCACAAGCCCCCCCCCCCCCCACUGAAAGAUCUAUAAAAAGGAAUCAAAGGAAUGUGGAUCAAAUAUCAGAGUUUCUGUCUGUACUCUAGUUGUAUUAUGUUUGUACAUAAUGAUCCAAUGUCGUCAAAGUAAAUAAAUUAAAUGGUUGUGAUUAA